AUAGAUUGCGAAAGGGACGUUUCAUGUCAUCAAGGGCAUUUAAGAGGGAAAACAAGAUAAGAAAGUCAACAUACAAGCGCUUUGGGAGUGACCUUACCGAUAAGUGUGUUGAUUUGCAAGAAACAGCUGUUUCGGACAGAGGAGAAAGUGUGACACGGACAGACGGACUUCAGACAGAGCCCCAGUUUUCGUGCAUCACUGGUCGAAGAAUUGUGGAAUUUGAUACGCUCUGCAAGGGACUCUAUUGCAGUGAGUGCUCUAGCCAUCUGCUUCUACAGAACAUUCAGUCAGAAACCAGGAUUGGACUUGCUAGCCUCCUGUAUAUAAAGUGUGAGUGUGUUUUUUUAAACAGCGCUCCUAACGGGAAAAGUCACAAGAAUGCUGCAACUGGUAAUCGUGGUGUACCCAUUUAUGAUGUCAACACUAAAGCUGCUGCAGUAUGCAAUACCAUGACUAUGCUGCACUCUGGGCUUGGACAAACAUGUGUGUCCAACUGGCUGGCUGCAAUGAAUAUACCACCCUUAUCUGAUCGCACAUUGAAGAGAAGAGAGAGAGAAAUGGGACCACUGAUUGAAGAAGUAGCCCGUAAUUCAUGCCAGUUAGGUCAUGGAUGUUUGAUUGGUCAAAACAAAGGAAACGUAGUUAGUUAUGGCUCACAAAAAAACACUUGUCGGAUAUCUGAAAAUGGAAGCAAGAACAAUAUCACUGUGCCUAAACAUGAUUGCAGGUAUAACUGGUCUGGCAGUGCCAAAUCCAUGGAGUCAAGCCUGGGUGUCGAGCUCCUGCAGCAAUCCUCGACAGAUGAAUCAAACAUAAAGUAUAUCAUCAUGGAUGAUGAUACAACCACUCUGUCACACAUCCGAAAGAAUUACGAUGUAGAAAUAGUAAAGUGGAGUGACAUUAACCAUUCAAAGAAAAGCCUCAACAACCACUUGUAUAGAUUAUCCAAAACCUAAGGAAU